AUGUUGAGCACAUUGAUCCAUCAGCAUUUUAAGGUGCGGACAUCGGUACAUUUCCAUCGGCCACGCACACUGAAAUUGCCUCGAACACCACGUUAUCCGCGAAAAUCGGUGCCAAAACGUGACAAGCUUGAUGCGUACGCAAUCAUCAAACAUCCACUUACAACGGAAUCGGCGAUGAAGAAGAUUGAAGAUACGAACACGCUGGUCUUUAUCGUUGAUAUCAAAUCGAAUAAACCACAAAUACGAUUGGCGGUCAAGAAGCUGUACAACAUUGAUGUGCAAAAGGUGAAUACGCUGAUCACGCCAAAUCAUGAAAAGAAAGCAUAUGUGCGUUUGGCACCCGACUACGAUGCGCUGGACGUUGCAAAUAAAAUUGGCAUUAUCUGA